AUAUCAACUCUAAUGCUCUAACGUAGUGCGAGAGAUCCUGGAGGGCAUUCCGGCUGGAUUUUAAGGAUUCCCGCCCUCCUCACUAAGCAAGAGAGGCGCGCACGCACGUACGCCGUUGUUGUGGAGGAGCUUUGUGGCGCAGGAGCAGUUUGGGGCUCUAUAUGAUGACCCACUACAUACGACAUGGGCAAUAAAAUCCCCGGACCCCCACCACCUUCAGGAGAGAGAGUCGCACGGUGCAAGGAGCUCUUCAUGCUCACGAACGAGAACAUCGAAGCCUUGUGGGAGGUCUUCAAGCAAUUUGAUCUCAAACGCGAAGGCUUAAUAAGCAGACAAGCUUUUUUCGAGGGCAUCAUCCAGGAGGAAAGGAACGAGUUUGGAAACGCGAUAUUUACGCUCGUCGACCCUGAAGACGAAGAGACUUUAGAAUUUGGAGAGUUUGUGCAGGCAGUUUGCACGUUUUGCUGUUUUUGCGUGACGGACAUGCUCAAGUUUUGCUUCAUGGUGUACGACAAGGACCGAUCCGGACUCAUGGAAAUCGAAGAGCUUCAUCAUUUUAUCAAGGUGCUUCACAGUUCCAACGUGACAAACAACAUCCAGGGUGCCAUGUCACACUUGCAGCUGGACGAGCAUGGCAGACUUCCAUUCGAUAGUUUUAAGAUCAUGAACAAGAACUUUCCUCAAGUUCUCUAUCCCGUAUUUCGGCUGCAGCAAUCGACACAACGAGCUAUCCUGGGGAACAAAUGGUGGAAGAACAAGGUGAACGAGCUUGGCUUUUGGCGAGAGAACAGGGAGCACAUGGAGGAAAUGGAAAGGAUAAAGGAGACCAAAAGAAAGGAAAGACAGCGGAACGCACAGAUAAGAAAAGGCACGAUCCCUAUCCGUUCUUUCGAUGUGUGA